UCCGGUUGUCUGGGUGCUGGGCUUCGUAAGUUAUCGCUAGGGUUAUCACGAUGGGAAAGUCAGAUUUUCUUACACCCAAGGCCAUUGCCAACAGGAUCAAAUCCAAGGGGCUUCAGAAGCUUCGCUGGUAUUGCCAGAUGUGCCAGAAGCAGUGCCGGGAUGAGGGAAUUUCGAAAUGACUUUCUAGAACUUCUCAGGAGACGCUUUGGCACUAAGAGAGUCCACAACAACAUUGUAUAUAAUGAAUAUAUCAGCCAUCGAGAGCACAUCCAUAUGAAUGCUACUCAGUGGGAAACUCUGACUGAUUUUACUAAGUGGUUGGGCAGAGAAGGACUGUGUAAAGUGGAUGAGACACCAAAAGGUUGGUAUAUUCAGUACAUAGAUAGAGACCCAGAAACUAUCCGCCGGCAACUGGAAUUAGAGAAAAAGAAGAAGCAGGACCUUGAUGAUGAAGAAAAAACUGCCAAAUUCAUUGAAGAACAAGUGAGAAGAGGUCUGGAAGGGAAGGAACAGGAGGCCCCUGUUUUUACGGAAUUAAGCAGAGAAAAUGAUGAAGAGAAAGUUACGUUUAAUUUGAGUAAAGGAGCAUGUAGUUCAGGAGUAGCAACAUCUUCCCAGUCAAGUUCUCUAGGUCCAAGUGCAUUGAAGAUGAUAGGGAGUGCAGCAUCAGUGAAACGGAAAGAAUCUUCCCAUAGCUCAGCUCAGUCAAAAGAAAAGAAGAAAAAGAAAUCUGCACUUGAUGAAAUCAUGGAGAUUGAAGAAGAAAAGAAAAGAACUGCCCGAACAGACUACUGGCUACAGCCUGAAAUCAUCGUGAAAAUUAUAACCAAAAAACUUGGAGAGAAAUAUCAUAAGAAAAAGGGAAUUGUUAAGGAAGUAAUUGACAAAUACACAGCUGUUGUAAAGAUGAUUGAUUCUGGAGACAAGCUGAAACUUGACCAGACUCAUUUAGAAACAGUUAUACCUGCACCAGGAAAAAGAAUUCUAGUUUUAAAUGGAGGCUACAGAGGAAAUGAAGGUACCCUAGAAUCCAUCAAUGAAAAGACUUUUUCAGCUACUAUAGUAAUUGAAACUGUAAGUAUGUUUACACAAAGACAGAAAUUUCAAAAUGCUUUUAAAAAUACCAUUGUUCUUUUUCAUUGGCUUGGUCUUUGUUUUAUUUUAGAGUUCGAGUCUUUUGCCGCCUUUCCUAUUUCAGAAAUCUUUGAGCUUAUUUUCCCCAAUGACUAUGCCAUUACUCAAGCAUUUUAUUCUCUAAUUAUAAAAGAAAUGUAUACUUACUGUAUAAAACCUAAAAAAUAUAAUUUAGUAUAACUAGUUUAAGAAAUAACAUAUAAACCCCCAGCUCAGUGAUAACUCCUAAUAAUAUUUUGAUCUACUUCUCUCUAAUCUUUUAUAAAGUUUAAUAUAAUAUGAACAGUUUUUAUUCUGACCUUUUUUUCUAAUAUCUGAUCUAGAACUAUCUAACAUAGUAAAAAUAGUGGGAGGAGUACAGUUAUGGUUAAUAGGGAAAGAGCCACAGAGAUCAACAUUUUUUUAA